AUGCUGGACAACAAGAAGGGAAAGGCCAGCAUGGCCUACGAUGGCGAGCGAACAAGUCCCUAUUGGUCUGUAUUCGAGGAAAAAGAGGUCUUCAAGAAGACCGAUACUGGAGUCAACUUCCGUCAAGUUGGGUGGUUCAAUGCGGGUGUGAUCUUCAUUAAGAUACUCUUCGCGACAGGGGUGCUAUCACUACCAUCAGCGCUGUACUCAUUGGGAGCCCUAGGAGGUUCAAUUAGUAUCGUGGCUUGGGGAUGCUUCAAUACCUAUUGUUUCGUUCUUCUAGGCAACUUUCGCACAAGACACCCUUACUGCCAUUCGAUCGCUGACAUGGCCGAGGUUGUCGGUGGUAUAGUUGCGAAGGAGGCAACGGGGCUAUUGUUUAUCAUUGCCUAUGUUUUGGCGACAGGGAGUGGCAUUAUUGGAGUGUCGACCGCGCUGAAUGCCCUUUCGCACCAUGCCGCAUGCACUGUCUGGUGGUCAUUUCUUGCCACAGUUGUCAUUAUCGUGACCGCCUCUAUUCGCAAGCUUGAGCAUGUGGGCUGGCUCACCUAUGCUGCUUUAUUUCUAUUUACGCCGCUGUACUAA